AUGGGUGCAGUUGCAAGUUGUUUAUCUACCAUCGUUAGCGCCAUCGGUCGCGGUAUUAUGGCCAUUUUGAACGGAAUCGUUUCCAUCGUUGGUGCAAUUGUCAAUGCAAUCUCAUCUGCUUUAAUCGCUACGUUCAAUUGUAUCGCUGAUGUCCUUUGCUGCCGAUGCGGAGGUGGUGGAAGAGCGGGAAGAACUAAACGAGUCUAG